CUUAUAUUUCAAUUUUUGUUAUUAGGAUUAUGUGUAGAGUAUAUUGAAUCCCAUGCCAAAUUAUGUAAACCAGCAUCUCGAUCGUAUAUGUGGAGAGAAGGAUAUGAUACACCUGUUAAUUAUAAUGAUAAUGAAUUGAAUUGUGGUGGAUUCGGGAAACAAUGGAGUAACCUGGACGGCCAGUGUGGUGUUUGUGGAGAUAGCUGGGAAGAAAAGAUACCACGAUCUAAUGAAGCUGGUGGUACUUAUGGACUGGGAAUCAUUGUGGAAGAGUAUAAACAAGGGGGCAUUUUAGAAGCUGUGGUUCAAGUAACUGCGAACCAUAAAGGCUAUUUUGAGUUCAGAAUUUGUCCAACUAAUGAUCCAAAGAAGAGAGCGACUCAGAAAUGCCUGGAUCAGUACCUCUUGAGACAGAUCAAUGGCGAGACUAAAUUUGAUUUACCGAAGCACAAUGGUAAUUUUACUGUAAAACUGGAGCUACCACAAUACUUAACCUGUAAACAUUGUGUUUUACAAUGGCGAUACCAUACAGGUAAUUCGUUCGGAUGUUUUAACAGUAACACAGAGUCGUGCUGUAUUGGAUGUGGACCAAAACAGGAAGAAUUUUACUCUUGUUCAGAUAUAGCUAUAACCACU